AUGGUUUCAAUUGCCAACGACACCGAACAGGCCCGAAGCAUCUUGUGCUAUCCAGUCUUGUUUGCGUUCAAGUCCUUCGGUAAAAGUUCUUUCCAUGGCUAUAUCAAUAAGGCCCUCACAGCUUCUAACUCUUUAAGGGCUACAAAAGGAAGCAUGGAAAAGUAUUUUAUGGCUUGGCUCCCCCUGCGUUCUAGCACCACAAGGACCAUCUUUUCAACAGAGUCCUAUAUUUCGCAAAAUUCUAAAAAGGAAAAGCAAGAAAUUAACGACGAACGCCUGAUCAAGCUACCAUUGUAUAAAAGACAGGCUGUUCAAGAGAGUUUGAUAUGGAAAUAG